AUGACUAUCAGUCGUGGUGCAUCGUAUUUUAUCUCUACACCGAUUUAUUAUGUUAAUUCGAAACCUCAUAUCGGUCAUCUCUAUUCCAGUUUACUUGCUGACACGAUUGCCCGUUGGCAAGUGGUGAAACAUACCCCAGCACCGAGAAUUAUUUUCUCCACAGGCACUGAUGAACAUGGUUUGAAAAUUGAACGCGCGGCGACUGCUGCGCAGCUAACCCCUCCAGAAUUUUGUAGUCAAGUUUCAAAUACAUUUCGCAAAAUGUUUGAUCUAUUCUCCAUUCAAUACACAAAUUACAUUCGAACAACAGAUGAAAGCCACCGUCAAGCUGUUAAACAUGUUUGGCAAGAACUAGCUAAGCGAAAUCUCAUUUACAAAGGCAGCUAUCAAGGAUGGUACUCUGUGCAAGACGAAUGUUUUGUUAGUGAAGAUGAAAUUAUAAAAGAUCAAGCAGGGCAUGCCAAACUGAAAGAAACCGAUCGGCCAGUCGAAUGGACGGAAGAGAAAAAUUACAUGUUUAAGUUGAGCUCAUUCCACGAACGAAUCGAAAAAUGGAUUGUUGAUCACAAACCCUUAUUUCCUAUGAAAUAUAACAAAUUAGCAUUGAUUCAAUUGAAUGAAUUGAAAAAGCAAGGUGAUAUUUCAAUAUCGCGAGAAGCGAAACGAUUAACAUGGGGUAUUCAAGUACCCAAUGAUCCUUCUCAAGUCGUCUAUGUUUGGAUAGAUGCGUUGAUAAAUUAUCUGACGGUGGUCGGUUAUCCUCUUCAUCAAACACAUUGGCCUCCGAACUGUCAAAUAAUCGGCAAAGAAAUCCUUCGAUUUCAUGCUAUUUAUUGGCCAGCACUACUCAUGGGACUUGAUCUUGACUUACCAGAUCAGAUCGUUGUCCAUGGACAUUGGUUAAAAGAUGAUAGAAAAAUGUCCAAAAGUGUCGGUAACGUAAUAGAUACAUUCGAUUUAUUGUCAAAAUUGCAAUGCGAUGGUGUGCGAUAUUGUCUAUUGCGUGAAGAUAUACUCUCUCAAGAUGCAAAUUUUAAUGAAUAUAAAAUGAGAAAGUACUUAAACGCUGAAUUAGCGAAUACACUUGGAAAUCUCUUGAAUCGCGUCACAUCAUCAACAAUCAAUCCAUCACAUACGUAUCCGUCGUAUUGUUUACCGUUCUUUCCCCCUUCAACCAAUGAUCUUGCCGAGCAAUGUAAUCAACUUGCAGGACGCGUGACAACCGCGUACGAUUCAUAUGAGUUCUAUCACGGGAUCAUCGCUAUUAUGGACGUUCUACGUACAUGCAACGGCUAUGUACAAUCUGAACAACCUUGGGUGCUAGCAAAAUCUCCCAAAGAAAUUGAUCGACAACGUUUACAAGUGCUGAUUUAUCUAACACUCGAAUGUUUACGUAUUUGCGGAAUACUUUUGCAACCGAUCAUUCCGUCCAUAACAAAACAAUUACUAGAUGUUCUCGAUAUCGAUGAAAACAAGCGCACGUUGAAUGAUUGGAAGUUUACCGUUAACGGCGAAACUUAUCAUAUAUUGGGUGUGGUCGGUCAAGGUGGAGAAGCGACUGUAUACAAAUGUGAAGAUUCCGAUGGACAUCUCCAUGCAGCGAAAGUCUUCUACUUUUCACGCUUUCCUCCCUCUCAGUUACGCUAUCGAAUUGAUGGCUUUCUUAAAGAAGCACGAAUUCUGAGAUACCUCAGUGGACGAUCUCCACAUUUCGUUCAACUACGUGAUUAUGAAUAUAAACCUAGUGAAAACGUAGGCUAUAUGGUGAUGGAAUUAGGAAGCAGUUGUCUAAGACAACAUAUGCAAGGUUUACCAUUGAACGAUCAAGCUCGGCAAAUGUAUUGGAAACAAAUUGUUGGUAUUUUACGAGCACUUGAAGACGCACAGAUAGUUCAUGCUGAUAUCAAACCAGAUAACAUCAUUAUUGUCAAUAAUAUUCUGAAGAUCACUGAUCUUGGUCUGGCUUUUGGUUUACCAUGGAUGAGACAAGCUACUCGACGACCGGUUGUACGUGGAACGAUAGAUUAUAUGGCACCGGAAGUUUUCUCGCAUCAAACAGGCUUUAAAUCUGAUGUUUGGUCAGCAGGCAUCAUCCUAUAUGAAAUGACUUAUGGUCGUCCUCCUUACUUUGGUCUUUUCGAUCGAAAUCAAAAAGUUGCUGCGAUAUCGGCAAUGACGCCUAUACCUUUUCCUCCCAUACACGAUCCUCUUCUGUUUGAUUGCAUGGAACAAUGUCUCAGAGCAAUUCCUUCUCUAAGGCCGAACUCGGUUACUUUUUCCAAUCGAAGAAUAACGGUCAUGUCUGCGAUAAAUACAUUUUCGAUCUUCGAACAUAGUGACAAAUCGAAUCUGAAAAAUAAAUUCAAUCUACACAUACACUUCUGGACUUCUCCACUUUUCAACCGCAACACAUUAUGUGCAACAUUGGGUAUCUAUUUAUCUGUGAAUGGGUGGUUAAAUUAUCCACGUUUGGCGGUUUUUGCGUCGAUAAUUACAACAAUUUGCCUUUUUGCACUUGACUUCAACGCUCGAACGCAAGUCCAAUGUUUUUGUCUUAUGUCUGCUACAGCUUUCUUCAUUGGUAUUUAUCUAAGUCCAUUGAUUAAUCUGGCUAUUCAUGUUAAUCCUCAAAUUGUUAUGACAGCAUUUCUGUUAACCACAAUUAUUUUUGUUUGUUUUACACUUAGUGCAUUACUUACACAAAAACGAACACAUCUCUAUUUGGGAGGCAUGCUUGCUGUGGCUCUAAUGAAUUUAUUUGGACUUUCGCAAUUGAUUUUCAAUGUAAACUUAUAUCUUGGCUUGCUGAUUGUGUAUGGAUAUAUUCUGUAUGAUACACAGUUGAUUGUGGAACGCGCUACUCAUAAUGAUAUAAACUAUGUCAAACAUGCGAUUCUUCUGUUUAUUGAUUUGGUUGACGUAUUUGUUCGCACUGUGAUUGUUUUGCUUAAAAAUCUUGAGGGUGUCAAUGGAAUUUCGAUUGAAUUACUGCAGGCGGAAAUCGAAAAUCGAAUUCAACAUAGAUCUUUUGCGUUGAAAACUGUGCAGGUGUUUAGUAUUAUUGGCCCACUCGCAAUCAACGUUUAUUCAAAUCCGUCGGAUUCAAAUACAAAACGUGUUCGAAUCGAAAACGAAACCGAACGACAAAUGGAGAUGCAAUUAUUGGAUUCGCCACCUUCUCGAAAGAAGUCCAAACAGAUGCCAGCAAGUAAGAAAUCAUCGAACAACGCAGCGGGCGGUGGAGAUUCCUCAAUGUUCGGCGUGACAAUAGAUCAACUGAAAUCAUUGAUGGAAUUACAUGGCAAAGAAUUAAUCGAGAAAUUAAACUCAUCGGAAUUCAACGGUCUGAAAGGCAUAUUAGAGAAACUAAAAGUCGAUGAUAGCCACGGACUCGAUUCCAACAACAAUGAAGAUCUUGAACAACGUCGUACAGCAUAUGGAAGAAAUGAAAUUCCACCAAAACCGAUGAAAUCAUUUCUGAAAUUGUGUUGGGAUGCGCUGCAUGAUAUGUUAUUAAUUAUUUUAUUAGUUUGCGCUGUUGUUUCAAUUGGUCUUUCAUUUUAUAAGCCACCACGCAAGGAAAACGAUCAUGAAGACGAACCUAAUUUGGAAUGGAUUGAAGGUGUAGCAAUCUUGGUGGCAGUUCUUGUUGUUGUGUUUGUCACAGCAUUCAAUGAUUGGAGAAAAGAACGACAAUUUCGUGGUUUGCAGAGUAAAAUUGAAAAAGAUCAACAGACGUCCGUUGUUCGAGAUGGACAUAUACAACAGAUUCCUGUGGCGGAUCUCGUUGUUGGUGAUCUUUGUUUCAUUAAAUAUGGUGAUCUUUUACCAGCUGAUGGCAUCCUCGUUCAAUCGAGUGACUUGAAGAUUGAUGAGUCAUCGUUAACAGGAGAAACAGACUUGAUAAAGAAAGGUGAAGGUGAUGAUAUUGGUUUGCUGUCAGGCACACAUGUUAUGGAAGGCAGCGGCCGAAUGAUUGUUCUCGGCGUUGGGCUGAAUUCGCAAGUCGGAAGUAUCAUGAGUCUCUUGGGCGCUACAGAAGGUGGCAAGAAAACAAAGGCGAAAAAGAGCGAAUCGAAACCGAAACCAAGAACACAAUCAACACCGAAAGUUUCGGCCGAUCUACAACGACAAAGCGUACGUAUUGAGGAUGAAACAAAACCAGCCGAAGGAAGCACACAAUGGCGAGAAGUGUCGGAAAGAAAAUCAUCGCAUGAAUCCAAACCAACAAAUAAUAGUCACGAUACUGCAGUACAAGAUUCUAAACCUGCACAAACAGCUGCUGAAGCGGGGGAAGAGGAAGAUGAUGAAGGCGGUGUAGACGAUGGCAAACAUAAAUCUGUUCUUCAGAGUAAAUUGACAACCCUUGCUCUCUAUAUUGGUUACAUCGGCAUGUCUGCGGCAUUCUUAACAUUAAUCUGUUUGAUUGUACGUUACUGCAUCACGACUUAUGUUGUCAAAGGCGAAAAAGCAUCCGGAAGCGAUGUUGGUUACUUCAUUUCAUUUCUCAUCCAAGCAAUUACUGUUGUGGUCGUGUCGGUACCAGAAGGUCUUCCAUUGGCUGUCACACUCGCACUGGCUUACGCCGUUCGAAAAAUGAUGACAGAUAAUAAUUUGGUCCGACAUUUAGAUGCAUGCGAAACUAUGGGCAAUGCUUCGACCAUAUGUUCAGACAAAACAGGAACAUUAACCACCAACCGUAUGACUGUUGUUCAAUCUUAUGUUAAUGGCAAACAUUGUGAAACAUUACCAAAGAAAGAAGAAGUCAAUGAAGAUCUAUUGUCGCUACUGUUCGAAGCUGUUUCUGUGAAUUCGAAUUACACAUCCAAAAUUGAAGACCCAAAACCGGACGUUGGCGGUUUACCAAAACAAGUUGGUAAUAAAACGGAAUGUGCUCUAUUAGAUUUAGUUCAACGUUGGGGUGGAUCGUAUGACAAAAUUCGUCAGGAGUAUCCAGAAGGACGACUAGUUAAAGUUUACACGUUCAAUUCUGCUCGUAAAAUGAUGAGCACGAUUAUCCAACGUGAUGAUGGAUAUCGUGUUUACACAAAAGGAGCAUCCGAAAUGGUUUUAACUAAGUGCACAUCUAUCCUCGGCGAAAAUAAUCAAGAAAAACAAUUAACAGAUGAGCAAAAGAAACACAUAACACAAGAGGUGAUCGAAAAAAUGGCACACAAUGCACUACGAACCAUUUGUAUCGCUUAUAAAGACCUUGGCAAAGACAAAAUGGACUGGGAUGAUGAAGAAAAGAUAAUAAACAACUUAAAAUGUAUUGCAAUUGUCGGCAUUGAAGAUCCCGUCCGAGAUGAAGUGCCAGAAGCUAUUGAGAAAUGUCAAAAAGCCGGUGUGGUUGUUCGCAUGGUUACUGGAGACAAUAUCAUGACAGCGCGUUCGAUUGCAACGAAAUGUGGUAUCUUAAAGCCGGAUGAUGAUUUUCUUGUACUCGAAGGCAAAGAUUUCAAUCAACGUAUUCGUGAUGCGUCAGGAAGAAUCUCACAAAAGAAACUCGAUGAAGUUUGGCCCAAAUUGCGUGUACUUGCACGCUCAUCACCUCAGGAUAAGUACAAUCUAGUCAAUGGUAUUGUCGAAAGUCGUGCCACCCAUCAUCGUGAAGUUGUUGCCGUCACCGGUGAUGGUACGAAUGAUGGACCAGCCCUUAAACGUGCCGAUGUUGGUUUCGCUAUGGGAAUCCAAGGAACAGAUGUGGCUAAACAAGCAUCUGAUAUUAUAUUAACAGAUGACAACUUUUCGUCGAUUGUUAAAGCAAUGAUGUGGGGCAGAAAUGUUUAUGAUUGCAUUGCAAAAUUUCUUCAAUUUCAAUUAACAGCUAAUUUAUCUGCUGGUAUCCUUUCUGUUGUAUCAGCUGCAGCUAUCAGUAGCGUUCCUUUACGAGCUGUUCAAAUGCUUUGGGUCAAUCUUGUUAUGGACACUUUGGCUUCACUUGCAUUGGCAACUGAACCUCCUACGGAAGAAUUGUUAAAUCGAAAACCAUAUGGACGAACAAAGUCGAUUAUCUCCCCAUUGAUGAUGCGAAAUAUAAUUGGACAAGCAUUGUAUCAACUUGUUGUAAUGUUUGUUAUUCUCUAUGCGGGUCAAUAUUUCCUCGACGUCGAAUCAACGGUUGACAAAAUACAACACGAUCCGCAUGCCGGACGAGAAUUGAGUGAACAGUUCACUAUGGUAUUCAAUGCAUUUGUCUUGAUGACAUUAUUCAAUGAAAUCAAUUCGAGAAAACUACACGGAGAGAGAAAUGUCUUUCGAGGAAUCUUUCGUAACCCAUUCUUCUACUGUAUUUGGCUAUUUUGUUUCGGUGCACAAAUUCUAAUUGUCACAUUCGGUGGUCGUGUUUUUAGUUGUGCACGAUUGAAUAUUCAACAAUGGGCAUGGAGUAUCUUAUUUGGCGUUGGAUCUCUUCUCUGGCAACAGAUUAUUUUGUGCAUUCCAACUAAACCAUUCGGUCUUUGUUUUUCGGCAAUGUAUCGCGUUUGUUGCCCAUGUUGCUACAAACGACAACAGAAAAAACGUGCAGAAGCAGAAGCACGUCGUCAGUCUGAAGCUAAUAUACGUCGUCAAUCACGAAAGAGUGAUGGCGACCAUAUUCAAUUUAGUACCAUUGGUCAACUGACAAGUGCAACAGUUGUUACUGAACCACCACCUGUUUUUGCUAAGUUUAUGCUUCGUAAAAGUGUCGAUCGACUUAACACCGAGUUCCGAGUCAUCAACGAAUUUCGAACACGACUUGAAGAACUCAAAGAUAAGAAAGUCGAAGAAGCAAUUGAAUAUAAACGAAAUAGUCGAGGCAAUCUUCUCGAAGAACAAUUGUGA